CUCUGUGGUGACAUGUUUUGAAUAUCAUCAGGUGUGUCCGGGGCUGGGCGGCUCUUCACUCAUGAUGUCAUCAAAGCCAUGGGCAGCCUGAAUGAUCGACCAAUCAUCUUUGCUCUGAGUAACCCGACGGCCAAAGCCGAAUGUACAGCAGAAGACGCCUACACCCUCACACAGGGCCGCUGUUUGUUCGCCAGUGGCAGUCCAUUUGGACCCGUGACAUUAGAAGACGGCAAAAUACUAAUCCCAGGACAGGGCAACAAUGCUUACAUAUUCCCAGGUGUGGCAUUGGCUGUAAUUCUCAGUGGAGUUCGUCAUAUCAGUGACACGGUGUUCCUGGAGGCGGCCAAGACGCUGACAGAUCAGCUCACAGACGAGGAGUUGAGUCAAGGGCGACUGUAUCCACCGCUGUCUAACAUCAGAGAGGUGUCCAUACAGAUGGCCAUCAAGGUGGUGGAGUUUGUGUAUUCACAGGGAAUGGCUUUCCGCUACCCAGAACCCAUGGAUAAAGAAUCUUACGUCAGAUCGGUUGUGUGGGACACCAAUUAUGACUCCUUUCUGCCCGACAUUUACAACUGGCCCGGCGUUUCUCACAGCCCUAUCGUCGAAUAGAAGAAACAGCCCGGAGUAAUAUACAGAACAAAAUGAAGACGUGAUCACUCCAUAUUUCCCCUCACGCUUAUGGUUAAUUGUAGUAUUUAUAUUAUGUGUGUUAUGUUAUAUACAUCUGAUUGUUUGUUUAGAGUUUAUGGGUUGAAUCUCUCCACAUCACAUUUCACUCCACAUUUAAAAGAAGAAAUAAUAAUAUCUUGCAGAAAGAGAAGAAAGGCUCUCGUGAGGAGUUGAGCUGAUGAAUUUGUAUUGCUUUCGAGAUGAAGUGUUUUCAUGAGAUUGACUCGUAUAUGAUUUUAUAAAGCCAUUGUUACAGGCGUGUGCGCCUUUCACUCCUCA